AUUCCAUCCUUUUCCAACCUCUCCCUCUGUUUCCUUGCUGCCACCCGUCUACAUUAUGAUUAUCUCCGGCAUACAAUCUUCCGCACACGGCACAGAAACGAAGAGUCAUAUUUCCAUCAUUUGCAUUACUUAAUAUAUUGGCAAAUUCGUCCCCAACUACUUUUGUCAUCGUUAGUAUCAGUCUCGGUCUCGUGGACCCGUUGUGUGUCGUUCAUUUGGUACCUCUCGUCUGUCGCCUUUCACCAAUAUGAUCAAUCUCGGACUCCAACGAGUCACCCAGUUGCUUAACCCGCUGUUCAGUGCACAUCCCACCCUACCUUGGAGAGCGGUCCACAUCGCUGGGACCAAUGGCAAAGGCAGCGUCGCCGCCCUGGUCUCGACGUUUCUUGGCCACUUGGGUUACAAAGUUGGGCGAUUUACCUCUCCCCACCUGAUCGACCGGUGGGACUGCAUCACCCUCAAUAGGGUGGUUGUCGACCAAGACCGAUUCUUGCAGGUCGAGCAACACUUCCGCGAGCGGAACACCAAGGAAAACAUCGAGGCGUCCGAAUUCGAGAUCCUCACGGCCGCAGCCUUCCAGCUAUUCACGGAUGCGAAGGUAGAUGUUGCCGUCAUCGAAUGUGGACUCGGAGGCCGGCUUGAUGCCACCAAUGUGUUGAGACCGGAAGAUGUGGUGGUUAGCGUCUUAACAAAGGUUGGGCUGGAUCAUACUGAGUUCCUGGGUAACUCGCUCGAGGCUGUCGCCACGGAAAAAGUGGGAAUCUUCAAGCCGGGGGUGCCCGUCGUGCUUGACCAGAGCAACCAGAGCAGUGUUAUCGACGUGGCUGAAAGCAGAUUGAAAGAAUUGGGGUGGGGAGGAGACGGAACAGAAGGUAUCUAUAUUUCUGUCGAGGAGAAAAGGCGUGAAUUUGAGGAGGUCAUUCGGCGAUUAGGUCUGGCGAAACACCAGGCGCAGAACCUGUACCUCGCCUUUUCCUGCCUUCGGAUUGCGGAGGAACGCCUCAGCGCCUUGUACGCACCCAGACCGCACCGCCCCGGGGAGACAUCACCGACACCGUUGGCUUUCCCCCGGGAUUACCUUGUUGCUACAGAUCGAAAGCGUUUUGAAGCAGUGAAGUCGGCCCUCGAGAUACUUAUCCCGCAGGCCCAAUCGUCACUCCCUGGUCGCCUGCAAUGGCUCGUGCUUCCACCCACACUCCUGCCCCAGAAUCUACAGGAUAUGGCAGCACAAUUGCAAGCUGACCCAACAACUUCCAGCCUCAACGCAGAGGUCCUCCUCGAUGGGGCCCACAAUCCGCAAUCAGCUACAGCUCUGGCAGCCUACGUCAAGGUUCAAUGGCGGCCUACUGAUCCUUACCCUUCGAUACCUGUGACAUGGCUCUUGUCUGUCAAGAACGACAAGAAAGUCGACGAAAUUCUCCAGCUGCUGAUCGGACCCGCCGAUAAUGUUGUGACGUGUUCUUUUGGGCCUGUCGACGGAAUGCCGUGGGUGAAGAGCAUGGGAGCCAUUGAACUGGCGAAGAUCGCCAGGAAGUACACGAAUGGCGUUGUUGAGGCUCUUUGUGAUGAGUACAUCGAAGGCAUUGUUGGCCAACGUGUUCAAGCCACUCCUGACGAGAAGAUGAGAAUAAUUCUAAGACAAGCGAUCAGCGUCGCUUCAAGGGACUCGAGAGACAGCCGUUUGGAAUUGAAGCUGUGUAUCACAGGGAGCCUGUACUUGGUGGGGGAUGUUUUGAGGUGCGUCCGGAAUUCAGGCGGGUCAAUUAUCGACGGGCGGCCUCCAGCUCCCACGAGAAGCGCUCGUACAGUCCACGGGCAACACCCUUGAAGAAGGCGACGAAGAACACCCGGUGCCUGUGAAAAGAGGCACUUGCAAAUGGACACGUCCUUCAUGGAUAGAAGGCAAGUCCAAGUUGGCUCUGAGGUCGACCAGGUUCAGUCCACAGCAUCUCAUACACGAUCAGAGCGAAAGAGCUGCUGACUGAAGGGGAUAUAUACGGAGUGGUGAAGCCCAUGCUCCAGGUGUAGUCUCGAGACUCUGCGCAAGUGCUGUCCAGGCGUGACCGGUUCGAGCCACUGCUCGACAACUAUACUACUGCAGCCUCGCCCUUUCCUACCUCGGCGGCUUCCUUUUGAUCGCUGGGGCUGGUGGAAGCAGUCCCAGCAGGCCUAACCAUGAGAACCUGACAAUACCACCCUUCUCCUCUCCUUCCAUCAUCCUGCACUUGCUUCAGCCUCUGCUCCGAAAACUCGACCCCU